CUAAAAAGAGAAGCGGGCAAAAGCUUCUUGGAUGAUACUCCCCAAAGCGCCAAAGCCUGUCUGAUCAGGAAGUGGUGUCCCCCACAAUCUGCUUAAAGGGUGCAUCCAGGGAAUGAGCUGGGCUACCAUCCUGACACUGCAGAAGACAUGUAAAACCUCCUCAGCCUAAACAGACCCAGGAACGCUUCCCCUUUGAAGGGCGUUGCCAUGGAGGAACCCUCCUUGACCUCUGGUGAAGACGGCUACUAUCCGGUGAAGAAAGGAGAGACAUUCAAUGGAAGAUACCACGUGGUCCAAAAUCUGGGCUAUGGGUACUUUUCAACAGUCUGGCUUUGCCAAGAUGCUGGGAAAAAGAGGUGUGUGGCUGUGAAGGUUCCCAAGGGAGGGGAGAAUUUUGCUGAGGCAGCCCUGGAUGAAGUCAUGCUCCUUCGCUAUGUGAAUAGCAAGAGGAGGAAAGACCGGGGCAGCGAUUACAUCAUCCACCUUUUGGAUGAUUUCAAAAUGAUCGGAGAAAAUGGUUUCCAUGUGUGCUUAGUGAUGGAGCUCCUGGGACCUUCGCUGCAGACUGUGCUGAGCAUCCGAGGCUCCCAAGGCCUCCCUCUGCCCUUUGUCAAGAAGGCCAUGCGCCAGAUCCUCCAAGGUUUACAUUUCCUGCACAAGGAGUGUCGCAUCAUCCACACAGACAUCAAACCAGACAACAUCUUGCUGUAUGUUACCAAAGAAAGCCUGCACAACAUGGUUUCUUUCCAACACAGCCUGGGAGUAAACCACAAACCCAGGACAGGAGACAGCCCAGCAGCUCUUCUGGACUGCGGCAACCUAAUGAAAAUGGGAGUGAAAAUUGCAGACCUGGGAAGUGCAUGCUGGACCUAUAAGCCGUUCUCCAAAAAGAUCCAGACCCAGCCCUACAGAGCUGUGGAGGUUCUCCUUGGAUUAGAUUACAGCACCCCAGCUGAUAUUUGGAGCGCAGCCUGUUUGGCUUUUGAACUGGCAACUGGAAAGCACCUUUUCAAACCUCAAGCCGGCCAGCAUUUUUCCAGAGAUGAUGAUCAUGUGGCUCGGAUCAUUGAACUCCUGGGCAAAAUCCCACCCAAAAUUGCUUUGCUUUGGCAGCAGACGUCCACUUUCUUCAGCAGGCAAGGGGCUCUUCUCCGGAUGUCCUGGAUCUCUUUUUACGACCUCCAUCACAUCCUCGUUGAUAAAUACAGCUGGCCAAAGCCUCAGGCUACCCACUUCACCAGUUUCGUCCUGCCCAUGCUGGAGUAUGCCCCAGAAAGACGGGCAAGGGCUGAGAAAUGCCUUCAGCACCCCUGGCUCAGCCACUAGGACUGCGUCUUCCGACUUCCUCUGCUCCUCCAGCAGAGAUACAGCUAGUCCUCGACUUACAACAUUCAUUCAGUGACUGCUCAAAGUCACAACAGCAGUGGAAAAGGGAAGUUACUUGUGACCAUUUUUCGCACUCGUUUGCAGCAUCCCCAUGAUCACGUGAUCAAAAUUUGGACAGUUAGCAAACUGGCUCAUAUUUAUGAUGGUUGCAAUGUCCUGGCAUCACAUGAUCACCUUUUGUGACCCUUUUGACAGGCAACGUCAAUGGGGAAGCCAGAUUCAGAUUAACAACCGUAUUGCUAAUUUAACAACUGCGGUGAGCCACUUAACAAAUGUGGCAAGAAAGGCCCAAAAAUGGGGCGAAACUUAACAACUCCCAUGUUUAACGAAGGGGAUUUGGGGCUCAGUUGUGGUCCUAAGUCGAGGACUACCUGUAUGGAAAAAGCAGGCAAAUAUCCCCUUCAGAACAAUUUCUUAGGACCAAACUAGCUAUGAUAUUAGCUGUGUGAAUUUCAGUUUCCCGUUUAGGAUAAGGCUGGGAUGGCAAACCUAUGGCUCGUGUGCCAGAGGUGUCAUGUAGAGCCCUCUCUGUUGGCACGCGCGCCAUCGCCAGCUGCUCUUCUGGUUUCUGGCCAGCUUGUCUUUGCAGGCGCCAGAGCGCCAGAAAACAGCCUGAAAAUAGUCAGAAAAAAUGGCUAAAAACGGCAAAAACACAGGCCGUUUUUCAGGCCUUUUUCAGGCCGUUUUUUGGGCUAUUUUUGGUCUGAAAAAUGGCCUGAAACUAGCCUGAAAGUGCCUGAAAAACGGCCAAAAAACAGGCUGUUUUUUGAGCCGCUUUCAGGUUGGUUUCAGGCCUGAAAAAGGCCUGAAAAUGGUCCGAAAAACAGCCUGAAAAUGGCCAAAAAUGGCCCUAAAACAGGCAUGCGCGUGCCAGCAGCUGGUCUUCAGAUUUCCGGAGCAUGCACCUGCACGCACGUUCUCGUUUGGGCACUUGGUGCCGAAAAGGUUCGCCAUCACUGGGAUAAGGUCUACUGCAGCUUUCCAGUAAAAAAGAGUAAAGCAAUAUAUAUAUAUGGUUUUUUUUUCUUCUAGCCAGGUUUUCCCUACGUAACCAAGGUUUUUCUGCAGCCCCAGCUCAGUAGAAUCACAUCCACUCGAUUCUGGGCUUUUUUCUUUUCUAACAGCUAGCAAGCUCUUCCUGCUAGGUGGGAGACCUAUAUAGAUCUAUUUCUAGCUCGUUUGCUUUCAUCAGUAGGCCACACCCAUAUCUUAUGUAUCCUCCCUGUAAAGAUACAGUAUCAAUUUUCUUACUUCUUCGUAGGGUUUAUGUGUGUUUUUCUUCUAGCCAGGUUUUCCCUACGUAACCAAGAUUUUUCUGCAGCACCAGCUGUAGAUACUAUACCUUUACAGGGAGGAUACAUAAGAUAUGGGUGUGGCCUACUGAUGAAAGCAAACGAGCUAGAAAUAGAUCUAUAUAGGUCUCCCACCUAGCAGGAAGAGCUUGCUAGCUGUUAGAAAGGAAAAAAGCCCAGAAUCGAGUGGAUGUGAUUCUACUGAGCUGGUGCUGCAGAAAAACCUUGGUUACGUAGGGAAAACCUGGCUAGAAGAAAAACACACAUAAACCCUACGAAGAAGUAAGAAAAUAGACUCUAUAUAUAUAUGGAAAUCCCUUUGGAAAGGAAAGGUUGGGUGGUUUCAGAUAGAGGAAUUUUAAUAAUAUCAAUCACAGUCCAGCCAUUCUAGUAUCUCUUCCUGCAACGUCUUUUCCUUGGGAAGAAAAAUGACAAAAGUCAUAGGAGCAACAAGGGAGGUUUACAAAGAGGAGAUAUUCUGUAAAAAUCUAUGGCUGAGCCAACUGCAUUUUUUUUAAAAAAAAAAAAAAAGGAGGAAGGGAAAUAAUUAAAUUGCUCUUCCUCACUUUCCAUGGUUCUUGAUCUGCUCUAAGUUCUUCAAGGUUGUAAUAUACAUAACAAAACACAUCAUUAACUGCGCAUACAAACUUAAAUAUCAUUACUAGUUUGAUUUUUUUUUAUACAUUGGGAUGGAGGCCAACCACAUUAUGGUUUAGUAAUCUCGGACAAGGGACUCAAUGGCUCAGUGGCUAAGAUGUUGAGCUUGUCGAUCGAAAGGUCGGCAGUUCGGCGGUUCGAAUCCCUAGUGCUGUGUAAUGGGGUGAGCUCCCGUUAUUUGUCCCAGCUUCUGCCAACCUAGCAGUUCGAAAGCACGUAAAAAACGCAAGUAGAAAAAUAGAGACCACCUUUGGUGGGAAGGAAACAGCGUUCCGUGUGCCUUUGGCAUUUAGUCAUGCUGGCCACAUGACCACGGAGACGUCUUUGGACAGCGCUGGCUCUUCGGCUUUGAAACGGAGAUGAGCACUGCCCCCUAGAGUCGGGAACGACUAGCAUAUAUGUGUGAGGGGAAUCUUUACCUAAUCCCGGACAAUCAUUGCUAGGGUGAGGAGCUUUCCUUUGUCGGUUAGUUCAGUGUUCAACUGUUCUGACACAAAGAAGAAGAAAAGCACCUGAGGGCAGGACAAAAAGUAACGCACAGAAAGUUUUCAAAGAGAGGAAAGUUUUCAAUCUAGAAUUAAGUAGAAAUUUCCUGACAGUUACAACAUUUAAUCAGAGGAACAACUUGCCUCCAGAAGUUGUGAAUGCUCCAACAUUGGAAGUUUUUAAGAAGAUACUGGAUAACCAUUUGUCUGAAGUGGUGUAGGAUUUCCUGCCUGAGCAGAGGGUUGGACUAGAAGACCUCCAAGGUCCCUUCCAACUCUAUUAUUCUCUAUUCUGAUAGCUGGGAAGUUUUUGUUUUUAAUGGCAUUAUAGCUAAUCUGCUUUGUACACAGAAACCUUCUGUAUCAAACUUACAGAAACGCCCUGAUGCCAUGAUGCUUAAGAAAGAGACUGCAUUUGCCUAGAAUUUGCUUAAUGACCAUGAUUUUAUUUUAAAAAUUGUAAAAUUGAGUGUGGUCACAUGGCGAUUCGCUUAACAACCAUCAUGAAAGUCAUUGAGACUGCAAUUAUGUAAGUCAUAAGCCAAGGACUACCUGUAUCUAUCCUCACCCACAAUCUACCUUAUAUUGUAGGAGGCUGUCAAAAAAUUAGAAAUCUUAUAGCAUCCUUUCCAACUAAUCAAUCUUAUUAAAAGGCCUGAACUGUUCUGAGCUUCAGUGUACUUCAUCUUGAUGCAUAGAGUAGCUAGACUCCUGUAGCAUUUCAAUUGGGAUAACCAUGAUGGCGCAGUGGUUAGAAUGCAGUAUUGCAGGCUAACUCACUGCUGACUGCCAGCAGUUCGAUCAUGACUGGUUCAAGGUUGACUCAGUCUUCCACCCUUCCGAGGUGGGUAAAAUGAGGACCCAGAUUGUUGUGGGGGCAAUAGGCUGUCUGUAAACUGCUUAGAGCAGGCUGUAAAGCACUGUGAAGCGGUAUAUAAGUCUAAGUGCUAUUGCUAUAUAAAUCUAAAUGCUAUUGCUAUAAUGAGAUGAGACGGGAAGACAGAUUGGAUGUGCAGGUUUCAUGAGAGGUAGAUUAGGCAUACCUUUAUCAAUUCACCUUUGUAGUUGUUGAAAAGCCACUGCGUUGUGUUGGUAAGCAUUUUUCUGUUCCUGCUAAUUUUGCAUGUUUCCCAGAAUUUCUGAUAUCUCCAUCUGUACUCUUCCCUGAUUUAACAUGCUGGUUUCAAUUAUGUGGGGAAAAAAAUAGCCUUAUUAAAGAUCAAUAACUCAUAA